AUGGACACCAGUUCGCAACGAGGUGCCAGUACUUCUGUCGGCACGUCGCAGGAAGAGCGGGACCGAAAUGUCUUGCGUCUCGCUCCUGAGAAGAAGGCAUGGAUGCCUCCCAAAUCAGUCAUGGAUCACUUGUCGGCGACGACGAGUGAUCGUUAUCGAACACGAUUGUUCGAUUCGUCAAGGAUCCAUCACCUUGACCCCAGCGCGAAAGACUAUCGCGCUGAACAUGAGUUCUUCAUCGAUGCUUUCUUCAGACAUCGAUGGUACAGUGGGAAUCACAAACGUGAUGGUCCCUCACUACUUCAGGCGUGGAACGCCUACAUCCAUAAUCUCGAGGAUGUAGGUCGUGACGCUUGGAACGACAAACUUAUUAAAGCUCGUGAUAAGUUUGAAAAGCGAACCCCGACAGGUGCACGCUAUAAGCUGCAUCACUUUCUCCGGCGGUUCUUCUGCGGCACAGGAUGUGCCGCGUCGUACUGCUCAACCAGACCCAGUACGUCGAUCAUCAGUUGGGAGCGGGGCUCCCAAGAAUCCCAGGACGGGGAUAGCCGCGCCACCGGACGAGAUAACUCGUCCGGCGUCCGUUCACGUCGCGGUGGUUCAACAGCUUCUCAACCAGAUAGCGCUGGCCACCGCGAGAGUCCUCUAAAGGAGGUGGAGGAGGAGGAAAGACGCUCUCCACACGAUCAUGUGGAUCGGUGUGUCCCCGAGAGCUUCUUUGAUCGCGUAACGCAAGGGUUACGCGGCGACCUCGAACAGGAGCGGGACAGGCGUCUCCAACUGGUGGACACUGUCUUGAAGCAUCGAGCUGAGUUUGCCUUUGCUCAGCUCGAGAACGAGAGAGCUCUGACAUCUCUUCGUGACGAGCUAAGGGUAGCUCGUGGGAUUGUUGACCGGUCUCGGGCUGAGAUAACUGCUCUUCAGACCCUUGUCGAUAUCCACCAUCGGGAGCACAAGGCCCUUUGUGAGAUGCUUGAACGCAAGGGCGUUCUUCAUCGGAAGAAGCAGGGUACUGAUGGUACGGAUUAA